AUGGGAGCGCAACUAGCGAGGGCGACCGGGAGAGCCGAGCUGGGGGCAGAGAAACCCGGGGAGGCGGCCGUGUCACCGGCCAAAACCAACGGCCAGCACCAGGAGAACGGUCACGUCAAAGCCAACGGUGACGCUGCAGUCGAAGGCGGCAAAGAGGAAGUGCACGCCAACGGCAGCGCUCCGGCAGCAGAGGCCCCGAAGGAGGAGGAGGCAGAGGCCAAAGCCGAGGCCCCUGCAGAGAACGGCACCGACGCAGACAAGGUGGAAGCGGCCCCUGAGGGUGAGGCCAAACCUGAGGAAGCCCCGGCCUCCACCAGUGAGACGGAGACGCCAAAGAAGAAGAAGAACAAACGAUUCUCCUUCAAAAAGUCUUUCAAACUCAGCGGAUUCUCCUUCAAGAAAAUGAAGAAGGAGACCGGCGAGGCCCCUGAGGCGGCGGAGGAGAAGCCUGAGGCCCCACAGGUCGCUGCAGAGGAGCCCAAAGCUGAGGCAGAGGUGGCCCCCAGCACAGAGGAGCCCAAAGCUGAGGCAGAGGCAGCCCCCAGCACAGAGGAGCCCAAAGCUGAGGCUGAGGCCCGUGCAGCUGAACCGGCAGCUCCCACAGAGGAGCCUAAAGCAGAGGAGAAGCCUACUGAGCUCGCCCCGGAGGCCCCCAAAGAGGAACCGGCUCCAGUAGAAGCGGCCCCUGCUGCAGAAGAGCCAGCACCCGCUCAGGAGGCAGCAGCUAAAGCCCCUGUGGAGAGCGUGGAGUGA